AUGGCCAGACAGGAACUUCAUGUGAUUCUUGCAACAGGUAUUGCGUAUGGUGACUCAUUCAAGCAACUCUUAGAGAAGUCUGCUAUCCCCUCAAGAGAUGACGUACCCAGUCGGAAUAUCUCUAUGCUCGUGCUGGCGCCGGCUGAUCUAGGAUCGGAAGGGCUGCUGCUGGAAAAGGCCGCAAUCGCUUUAGCAAGGGAACCUUUUAAUGCUCCAGCCAGUGAUAAAGCCUGCAGUCUAUGCGGCUAUGGCCUCCCUUCUGUCCUUGUGUAA